GGCUAUAUAGCCUAUAGCGGUGUUUGAAGACGGUAGCGAGGCCGGAGAAGUUAUUUGCAAUUCGUAGUGCUUUAAACCCUAAACCCGAAAGAAGAAUCCCCAACUCAGAAACUUGAGAUGACGACGAUGAUGGAUGAUGACACCGAACUAGUCAGUAGCAGCGACCAGAAGAUGGACGACGCUUCUACCGAAAAUCCUACCGUUCCCCAAGCUGACCCUCCCUCGUCGGAUGAUUCCGGCGAUUCUGAUUCCGAUUCCGAUGAUGAUGCCGUGUCGAAUCAGCAGAUUGAAACCCUAGAGUCGGAUCUCUCCUCCAAUCCUUACAACUACGAUGCUUAUGUCCAAUAUAUAAAGCUUCUGAGGAAAACAGCAAACCUUGAAAAGCUAAGACAAGCAAGGGAAGCUAUGAGUGCCAUAUUCCCGUUGAGUCCUUCUUUGUGGCUUGAAUGGGCAAGAGAUGAAGCAUCUCUUGCCUCUAGUGAGAAUGUCUCUGAUAUUGUGAUGCUUUAUGAACGGGGACUUUCUGAUUAUCAGUCUGUAUCACUUUGGUGUGACUACCUGAACUUUAUGCUAGAAUCUGAUCCAUCAGUACAUGGAUACACAUCUGAUGGUAUUUCAAAAAUGAGGAGUCUUUUUGAACGUGCUAUUCCGGCUGCGGGCGUCCAUGUCACUGAAGGCAAUAGAAUAUGGGAAGGAUAUAAAGCAUUUGAGGAAGGCGUUUUAGCCGCUAUUGUCGAGGCUGACGUUGAGGAAAAAAAUAAGCAGAUACAAAGGAUCAGAAGCAUAUUCCACCGUCACCUGUCUGUUCCGCUAAAAAACUUGAGCUCCACCCUUAGUACUUACAAGGCUUGGGAGUUGGAGCAAGGCAUUGACCUUGAUAUUGGAUCAGAUGAUUUGAAUAAGGUUUCUCCUCAGGUUGCUGCUGCAAACAAGAAGGCACAGCAGAUGUAUAGUGAACGUGCCCAUCUUGAAGAACACAUAUCUAACAAAGAUUUAUCUGACACGGAAAAGUUUCAGGAAUUCAUGAAUUAUAUAAAGUUUGAGAAGACUUCUGGAGAUCCUAACCGAGUUCAAGCUAUAUAUGAACGUGCUGUGGCUGAAUACCCAGUUUCAAGUGACUUGUGGAUAGACUACACCGUCUAUCUUGAUAAGACUUUGAAGGUUGGAAAAGCUAUAACACACGCAUAUUCUAGGGCGACUAGAAGUUGCCCAUGGACUGAAGAUCUUUGGGCACGUUAUUUGCUUGCUUUAGAGCGUGGUUCUGCACCCGAGAAAGAGAUCUAUGCUGUCUUUGAGAAGUCAUUGCAGUGCACAUUUUCCUCCUUUGAAGAGUACCUGGAUUUAUACCUCACUCGAGUAGAUGGCCUGAGAAGGAGAAUGUUAUCAGCUAAGAUAUCAGAGACUUUGGAUUAUUCUCUGAUAAGAGAAACUUUUCAGCAAGCAUCAGAUUACCUAAUGCCCCACAUGCAAAAUACAGACAGCUUGCUGCAUUUGCAUGCUUAUUGGGCUAAUUUGGAACUUAGUAUUGGAAAAGAUCUAGCUGGAGCACGAGGUGUUUGGGAUAGCUUUUUGAAGAAGAGUGGUGGGAUGCUAGCAGCCUGGUAUGCCUACAUUGAUAUGGAAGUGCAUUUGGGGCAUGUAAAGGAAGCUAGGUCUCUUUACCGGAGGUGCUAUACAAGAAAGUUUGAUGGCACUGGCUCAGAAGACAUAUGCAAAGGAUGGUUGCGAUUUGAAAGGGAGCAUGGGGAUUUGGAAGAUUUUGACAUAGCAUUUCAAAAGGUUAUGCCACGCUUGGAAGAGCUACAGUUGAUCAGGUUACAACAGGAGUCUACGCCAGCCAAACCACCAGCUGGCCUGAAAGAGCAUAACUCACAAAAGAGUACACGUGAAAAGAGAAAAGCAGAACAGAAUGUAGAAGACGAGUCUUUGGCUAAGCGGCAGAAGACAAAGGGUCGAAAAGUAAAUGAAGUGGACGUAGGUCAGAGUGCAACUGUACCAAACAUUAAAUCAGAGAAUGGAAAAGCCGCUGAUGCAAAUAAAGAAGAGAUUGAAGACGCCAAACCAGUGAAGCCGAAAAUUUAUACAGACGAGUGUACAGCUUUUCUUUCAAAUCUCAGUGUCAAGGUAGAAGAGGAAGAUAUACGUAAAUUUUUCGGCGAUGUUGGUGGGGUUGAUUCCAUCCGCAUUCUCCAUCACAAAGACACUGGAAAACCAAGGGGACUGGCAUAUGUUGAUUUUAUGAAUGAUGAACACCUUGCAGCAGCUAUAGCAAAGAACAGAAGGAUGUUUUUUGGUAAGAAGAUCAGUAUAGCACGGUCAAAUCCAAAGAAGGGUAAAAAGGAAUUCACUCGGCGUGGAAAUGAUGGUUCUGGGAAUUCAAAGGAGCCUUCCCAGAUUCCUGAGAAGGCGAAAGGAGAAACUGUGGGUGAAAAGCAAGGAGAUGAAGUGCAGUUGAAAGGUAAAAACACGUUCGCUGUCCCAAGAAAUGUUAAACCACUCGGCUACACAAACCCCAAACCCAGCGCAGAUGGAAAUGUUAAACCACUCGGCUACCAAAACCCCAAACCCAGCGCAGAUGGAAAUGUUAAACCACUCGGCUACACAAACCCCAAACCCAGCGCAGAUGAGCCCGCAAAAUCAAAUGAUGAUGUUAAACCCCUCGGCUACACAAACCCCAAACCCAGCGCAGAUGAGCCCGCAAAAUCAAAUGAUGAGUUCAGGAAUAUGUUCCUUAAAAAGUGAGUCUUUGGCAUGGUCCUUGUCUUUUCCUGGAUAAUACUACUUGUCUUGCUCUACUUUUCGGAAACGAUCUUAUGUUGUAGACUGAGUAAUAUCGCAUCUGCGACUCUUGCUUGUUUUUCAACAUAAGUAAGAUUAAUCUUCAAUAACUAAACAUAUAUUUUAAGUC